AUCCCCAUUUCCGUCUUCCAGAACCUUCUAGGCCUCCCUCCCCGCUAGGGUUCCGAUGGCCGCCGCCAUGGCCCGCAAGCUGCUCUCCCCUUCCAACUCCGCCUCCCGCCUCCUCCUCUCCCGCCACCUCUCCUCCCCCACUCCCUCCACCCUCCGCCGCGCCCCGGCGGCGGCGGCGGCGAUGUACCUGCUGCGCCCGCCGGCCGCCGCCUCCUCUUCCUUCCUCCUCCGCCUCCGCGUCGCUGGCGCCAGGGGCAUGGCGCGGCGGCCCGGCGGCGACGGGUACUCCCCCGCGCGCUCCGGCGGCGACCGGGCGCCCACGGAGAUGGCGCCGCUCUUCCCCGGCUGCGACUACGAGCACUGGCUCAUCGUCAUGGACAAGCCCGGCGGGGACGGCGCAUCCAAGCAGCAGAUGAUCGAAUGCUACGUACACACCCUCGCCAAGGUCCUCGGAAGCGAGGAAGAGGCCAAGAAGAAGAUCUACAACGUUUCGUGCGAGCGCUACUUCGGGUUUGGGUGCGAGAUCGACGAAGAGACGUCCAACAAGCUCGAAGGGAUUCCUGGUGUCCUCUUCGUGCUCCCUGAUUCGUAUGUUGACCCUGAGCACAAGGACUACGGAGCCGAGCUGUUUGUGAACGGGGAGAUUGUGCAGAGAUCUCCAGAGAGGCAGAGGCGGGUGGAGCCUGUGCCGCAGAGGGCGUCGGACAGGCCGAGGUACAACGACAGGACCCGCUACGCGCGGCGGAGGGAGAACCAGCAGCGAUGAUGAUGUCUAGCUGCAACUACGAGGCUCGCCCGAGCUCCUCCUCCGCAGGCGCUUGCUGGUUUUCUUCUCCUAAUCCUGAUGAAAAUGUAGUCUGCGCUUGUGCUGCUAGUCUGUUUCAUAAACACUGCUAUGUGCUAUCUGGACCGUCAGUUCGGUAGUUUUUCCCUCAGCUUGUUAUGGUUUGGAUGAAUGAUUUUUAGCGAGAUUUGUGAUGUAUAGUUACGGUUUGAACUCUGAAGAGCCAAACUGGCAUGUAGUUCCUUCAUUCCUGGUGUGAUAUGACACCUCCCAAGAAGCUGUCGGCUGCGCCCA